AGUCAUAAUAUCACCCACUCCAAACAUAACCUCCUAAGUCAAAAAUUUCUUCCUUGUAUUUUGUCAUCUUUUAAAAAAAAAAAUUAAAAGAAUAAAAAAUACAAUGGAAGAAACAAUGGUCUUAGUUGUAGGAGCCGGUCCUGCAGGACUUGGUAUUGCAGCAUGUUUACGCCACAAAGCUAUUCCUUACAUUGUCCUUGAGAGGGAAGAUUGUUGUGCUUCUCUUUGGAAGAAACGCGCUUAUGAUCGUUGCCAUCUUCAUCUUGCAAAAGAGUUUUGCUCCUUACCUUUGAAACCCCAUGCACCAGACGCUAAUAAGUACAUGGGUAAGCAUGAUUUUAUUAAGUACAUUGAUGAGUAUGUGGAAGAGUUUGAAAUUUCGCCACGUUACCAUCAUGCUGUUGAAUCUGCUUCCUUUGAUGAGAAUAAUGGGAAAUGGGUAGUUGAAGCUAGGCACACUAAAAACAAGGUGACGAAAACUUUCGUCGCUAGUUUUUUGAUUGUUGCAUCAGGUGAAAAUGGCAAGGGUUACAUCCCUGAUAUCCCCGGGUUGAAUGAUUUUAAAGGAGAUUUCAUGCAUUCGAGUGAGUAUAAGUCUGGUCGAGAGUUUCAAGACAAGGAUGUUUUGGUCGUGGGAUGUGGUAAUUCUGGGAUGGAAAUUAGCUACGAUUUAUGCAACUCUGGAGCUAACACCUCAAUUGUUAUUAGAAAUCCGGUUCAUGUGGUGGGCAGAGAAAUGGUAUUUGUGGGAAUGCAUUUGAUCAAAUACUUCAGUCUUUCAACAGUAGAUGCUCUAGUCAGUUUGGCUAGCAAAUUGAUGUACGGGGAUUUGUCUAAGUACGGUAUUAUCCGACCAAAGGAAGGCCCGUUUUCCCUAAAGGUUAAUAAGGGUAGGAGCCCCGUUCUCGAUGUUGGUACUAUCGCCAAAAUCCAAUCCGGGGAUAUUAAGGUUUUACCAGGAAUAGAGUGUAUUAAUAAGAGUACAGUAGUGUUUGAAGAUAAAGUUGAGUUAGACUUUGACGCAAUAAUAUUUGCAACCGGGUUUAAAAGCACGGCUUGUGAAUGGCUUAAGGAUUAUGACUAUAUACUAAAAGGCGAUGGAUUUCCAAAGAACCGUUUCCCAAACCACUGGAAAGGAAAGAAUAAAUUGUAUUGUGCUGGACUAUCAAGAAUGGGAAUACAAGGUGCAACAAAGGAUGCCAUAGCCAUUACGGAUGAUAUUGAGAUGGUUUUAGGAAGUAUGUAUUACCAGUGACCGAGUUCUAACUAAGUUAGUACUCGUAUAUGUCCUAGUUGCUAGUCUUAAGUUUUCUUUGAGAUGUUGUUGUUUAAGGGCAAUUAAGCGUAAGCUUCAAUGUGGUGUAAACAUGUUCGAUCAGGCUCCUAUAUACAUACAUUAGUAUGGAUUGGGGUGAAUCAAUAAAACUUAUAUUAUUAAAUUCA